AUGUGUGGUUGUAGUGCCUGCGAAAGAUGUCUCCCCUACCGAUGCACAACAAGGUAUUUGGCAGUUUCCCGGUUGUCGUGCACAGCAGCGGGAUCAGUGAUCACUGAUUAUCGACCAAAACUGCAACUUCUGUGUCUAGCUGGAAACCGGGAGGGAUUUUUGGCUAGCAAGCGUCGUGUCGCCGGCAAGAUACACGUCUUGAUCAUCGCUACUGGUAGCGUAGCAAGCGUCAAGAUCCCUCUUAUGGUUGAGGCUCUUAGUGAGGACGAUCGUGUCGAAGUGCAAGUCGUCGCAACGAAAACUGCCACGACCUUCUUUAAAGCGGAAGACGUGGAGCGUAUGAGUGAGGGCCGCUGCCAAACUUGGACCGACGAACACGAGUGGAGCUCUUGGAAACAAAUGGGGGACCCAAUCCUGCAUAUCGAGUUGAGACGCUGGGCAGAUAUUGUCCUGGUGGCGCCUUGCGAUGCGAACACUUUGGCCAAGAUCGCAGGAGGUCUUUGCGAUAAUCUCGCUACCUCCUUGCUGAGGGCGCUGACGCCAAAGACGCCGACAUACGUGUUCCCCGCUAUGAAUACAUGCAUGUUUGAGCACCCCCUGACAGCCAUGCACAUCGCUACGAUACGGGAUGUCAUCGGAUACAAGGUGAUGGGACCACAGAUGGGCAAAAAACUAGCAUGUGGAGAUUCGGGCGCAGGCGCAAUGACUGAUUGGCGAGAGAUCGUCGGUGUCGUAAAGGGACGAGCAGAUGACAUUAUCGCGACGUAUACUUCACGUCCUCUUGAGCAAAAUACUGUAUAA